GUACAGUAAGUAAUGAAGACCAGAGACGCCUGCAAUCAUUCACCUUUGACCAACCAUUAAAGGGACAUGAUGAACUCAUUUCUAGAUUACUUCUCUGGUAGCGACAUGAAGGCAUUUACGACUAAAUUCUAUCACGAGGAGCGCAAGUCUGUGGAAUCGCACUAUACAAGGACUCCUGAGAGAUACGCGACAGGUAUUGUGGAUCAUUUUAACAACAGCCGGUUGUUAUCAGAAGCGAAUGAAGAUGUGAGUGAAGCUCAAUAUGAUUCCAGUGCAACUCUGUCUGAAGCUGAUAACUUUGGCUUCGGAUUGGUUCAUGCAGUAGCUCAUGGAUACAGUAGUAACUCAGGGAACGGCAGGAAGAAUGCCCAAGACAGUAACCGCGCACACUCAUGGAACGAGUCGUAUCUCAGUCAUCAAAUGGAGAACUACCAAAAUGACUCGAAUAACUACGAGCAACAAAACUGCACGUUUUUUCGGGAAUCCUCUCUCAGUUGUCAGAAUUUAUCGCAAAAUCAAGGGAUCCGCUCACAGGCUGUUCUUAGGCAAGAAGGUAGACCAGUGACAGCAAAUGCGUUCGAGUGGAUGAAGAUAAAAAGGAAUAACCAGAAAACUAGCAAAGCACCAGAGUAUGGGCAGGGGAACACCGUAGCAACCGCACGAACCAAUUUUACAACUAAACAGCUUACAGAGCUGGAGAAGGAAUUUCAUUUCAACAAAUAUCUCACCAGGUCAAGACGAGUUGAGGUAGCGCAUAGCCUGCAGCUAACUGAAACACAAGUGAAAAUCUGGUUUCAGAACAGAAGAAUGAAACAGAAGAGAAGAGACAAGGAGGGCCUGGCUGUGGUCACUUCAUGUCCAAGCGCGAAAAAUUCAGAAUCAUCUUCCUCAUCUGAGCUCAACUCUCCUAUAUCCACACCACCUAGCUCUCCAAUUACCGUCCAUUCAACUUAAAUGCACAGUGUUGAACAUUUUUACUCUUUUUGUAUUGACUUUUUCUUAUGUAUAUUUGGGAAUUACCCUUUGCACUAAUGUUUGUUAUUAAUUAAGUUAUAAAUGUAUUCAUUUUUUUGUGCCUUGUAAGAUGGUGCUGCCUUUCAGAAGAAACAGGAUACAACAUUGUUGUGCCUUUGCCUGUGUGGGGGAUAUUGUUCAAGGAAGUUGCUCAAAGCUACCUGAAACCAGUUUCAGUAUUCACUUAAAUGCCUUGAUUAUCUUAAUUUGCCUUGUACUAAGGAAUCCAAAUAUUUGAGAUAGAAUGCCUUAAAUAAGUAUCUGCUGAUUUGUAUCAUGUCAGGUUGUCCUCAGGAAAGUUCUCAGCCUGCUGAAGCAUGCACUAAGAGACUCAGGUUCAGAGGUUAACUUGACGUUUGUUCUCCUUUCUGCAACACACAAGAUUUAAAAAAGGUAACAAAACUACUGCAGAAUAGAAGGACAUACAUGCCUUGUUUUAUUUAAUGAUUAAACACAUGUGGAUUGUCACAGGACUGUCACAGCAACCAUUCAACAGGAGAAUCACAAUACGUGGCCUAUGUUAUAUUGAUGACUCAUCUGAUUUUUACUUACAUGUCCUAUGAAAUGUUGUACACUUGUGGAAACUAUGUGAUUGAGUCUGUUUUGGAUUUUCACAGACACAUUUAAACUCUAGUGACAAUAUUGCUGCUGGUGGAUGUCACGAGUGAAUAUGAAUACUGUUGCCUUUAUAAAAUGUUUCUGUACCACACUGUGCCGACAUGAGGAUUAUCACACUGUCUCUAGCCAUUAUUAGUUUCAUGUGGUAAUGUACGUUCAGCCUUUUUGCUGAAAAACAUCAUCGGGAUCAAGACAACUUAAGGAUGCUCUUCAGACAUAUACAGACAAUUUAACCAUAUUUACAUGUCAAUAACAAAAGUCAUGCCAACACAAUGAUUACUUGAUGAGACUUGAACAAGAACAUGUAUUCUAUGUAAUGAAGUUAAAGUCAGGCUGUGAAAUUGGGCUACAUCAAAAGUGUCUUAAAUUGUUGUUCUUUCCCUGUUUAUUUUGUUUGACAAUUUUAUGGGAAUAUUGGCUCUAAUGGUCAUUAUAACUUGAAAAUACUAAAUAAACUGAAUCAAAUGGGAAAAAACUGAAUGCAAAUUACUUUGAACCAU